AUGUACAAGGCCGUCAUCCUGCCGACGCUACUUUACGGAGCGGAGACUUGGACGGUGUACACGAGGCAGGCACGCCGACUGAAUCACUUCCACCUCAGCUGUCUUCGUCGCAUCCUGAGGCUGAACUGGCAGGAUCGCAUUCCCGACACUGAUGUCCUAGAACGUACGGGAAUGCUCAGCAAAUACGCCAUACUGAGACAAAUGCACCUGCGCUGGAGCGGCCACCUGGUGCGCAUGGACGACGAGCGACUACCCAAACGACUGUUCUACGGAGACGUUGCGACGGGUUCUCGCCGUCAAGGAGGCCAGAUUCGCCGUUACAAGGAUACCCUGGAGCGCCUGCAAAUCAACCCGACCAACUGGGAAGAGCUCGCACUCGAUCGACUGACCUGGAGGAGGACAGUGAAGACAGGCGCUGCGAUCUACGAAGCCAAUCGCAUAGCCGCCGCCAAUGCGAAACGCGAAGCCCGCAAAUCACAACUUCGCCCAGUACGCAACGCCGCCGCACAACCGCUUCCAACGUGUCCUCGAUGUCAACGGACAUUCCGGGCUCGAAUCGGACUUGUUGGACAUCUUCGGAUUAACUGCGCCUCUCGAACUGCGCCAACCAUCGUCCCCCCGCCUGCCUCUUCCUCCUCUCCGCCGCCAAAUAACUCUGACAAUUCUUCUGACCUACCACUUCCAUCCUCCUCCUCCUCCUCCUCCCCCACUGCCCCAGCGGCGGCCGCUCAGGCGGCCGUCUCGCACAUCAACCCAGACACAACAACUGACACCACCCCCACCUCUCCCGAUUCCAGUGAUGAGGAUCAGGACUACACCUGCCUCACUGCGGUCGCACCUUCACUUCCCGCAUCGGCCUGGUCGGUCACUUGCGAAUCCAUCGCACAGAGACUGGCGAACCAGUGCCUGGCGCACCAACCUACACCAACCGCACGCGCCUCCACUGUCCACACUGCCCUCGCACCUUCAUGCAUCGCAUGGGUCUAUUCGGCCACAUGCGUAUCCACGAGAGCGGAAUUGACCACAAUUCUGAUACGCCAACCACGCCCAUCAUGCUCAGCGCCACCCUCCUACCAUCCGUCUGCAUCACCACCAACGCCUCCUCUGUGGCUGCCACUGACACCGCCGAAUUCACAUGCCCACACUGUCCACGUACAUUCACCUCACGCAUCGGCCUGGUCGGUCAUUUGCGAAUCCAUCGCACAGAGACUGGAGAACCAGUGCCUGGAGCACCAACCUACACCCACCAAGCUCGACUCAACUGCCCACACUGUCUUCGAACUUACAGGCACCGCAUGGGUCUAUUCGUUCACAUGCGCAUCCACGACGAUCUGCGGUAGACAACCGCCGGUUACACUACACAUUCACACACUCCAUACCCUCCUCCACCAUCACCACUACGCAUCAACACUCACCCACGGCAUGCACCAACUGCCACCUUCCACGCAAGUGGGAAGUGUGCAUCUCGACUCGGUCCCCAUGCGGCCUCGGAUACACGGGUGA